AAUAAAUCAAGAUGGCGUCUACAGAAGAAGUCUUGGUCUGGACCCCAGAACUCGAAGUCAGUUUGUUUCAUUCCAUGAAAGGGCACAAGCCAGUCGGUGAGUCUGCGUUUUAUUUACAAACGGAGUUUUUGUCACUGAAUUUUGUAAAAGUGUUUUCUCUUUGUUUUACAGGAAUAAAUCGACAUUUUCAUAUGGCGUGUAUUCACGACAAAUUCGCGACGUCAACUGGGAAACGAAAUAUUUCUUCGAAACAAAUCUGGGAGCACUUACAAGAAUUGUACAAUCUACAAGCUUUGGUGAGUAUUCUCACCAGGAUACUUUUUCUUUUUCUAACGUUGUCUGUUGAUUUAAGGAAAAUCUAACCCUACUACCAUCCGACUACGUUCGUAAAUUUUCGUUGGAAUUUCUUCACAAUUUGCAGAGAUGAUUUAUGUUAAGGAUAAGGAAGUUCAAUUUUACAAUUUAAUAGUCCUUAAGUUAUUUCUAUUUUGUUUUGUUCAUUAUUUCUCUGUUUGUUUAUGGUAAGCGUCGAAUGGGCGCUACCCAGCUAAAUCGUCUCUUGAAUCUGUCCUUUCGGCGAAUGUUUUGUUUAAGAACCGAGAGUGCACUGGGUACUAGAUCAGGAAAUUAGGAACUAUGAGAGAGGAAUUGAGAACUGUGGAAUCGGAAUUUUUUUUAAUUGUGUUUUAUUAUUUCUAUCUAAGGAAAGAAGGAGGAAACUUAUGUUUUUUUUUCAUGAAUACAGGAUGAUCUUGAGAACCUCCCAUUUCCAAAUGAUGAAACAGAAUUUAAUUUACCUGAUGAAAUAUUUGAGUCUAAUGCAAAGCCUCAUUCAUCGGCAUCUGAAUCCUCUGCUGUGGCAGAUGAAGGCAUGACAGGUAAAGAAUAAGACUUGUUAUUUAUCGCUUUAACCCCUAAGAAUGACUAGCAUCUAAUUUCUCCUUACAUAUCACCCCUGAAUCAAACAUUUUCUCAUGAGAAUAGAAGAAAUGAUCACCAAUGAAAGAAGUUCUCAACUGUUGAACAAUUCUCCUUGCCAGCACUGUAGGAAAUGUAUAGAGGAAGGUAUGGAGAAUAUGCAAACUGAUCUAAGGGACUAAAGGGUUAGGUUGUUUUUCAAUUUUCUAUUAUUUUUUUUCAAAUUGAUCAUGAAAUAAAAAAAAAGAAAUUAUUUUCCUUUCCAAGGAAAAUUGUGAGUUCAAAAUUGGGCAUUGAGAAGAACCAUAAGGUGCCCUAGAAGUGCAUUUUAACUCUGAAUUAAUUUUACUUUGCCCUAGUUUACAUCUGUCUCUGUAAAAUAUGAUAAAAAUGCAAUCAAAGUAAGUCAUAUAUUGAAAAAUUACAACCUACUGUGAACCCUGGAUGAUUAAAAUUUUCAUUGUGAUCAAUUUUUGUGGUAAGCAAAGGAAUUGUUGGACAAAAAUUUUUAAAAAGAGCUGACAUGAUAUUUGACACAAUGUUGAAGAUCAAAUAUUUUAUACGAUAGAGUGAAAAAAACCCUGAAAGUGAAACAGAUAAAUUAAGUUGCUUACCCAAGGUUAAAAAAAACUGAAAAAAAAAAGGAAAUAGUUUAAAAUUCAGAUUUGUAUCCCUACUGUUGUUGGAUAUUGUCUCAACCCCCUUGUUUCCCAGAUCUUGACUAUUUUAAAUUUCUUGUGUUUAAUAAAUUCCUUUCAAUACUACAAUUUCCAAUUUAUUUUUAAAUCAUAUCAGCCUCCUUGCUGAAAGUUUUCUUUAUUCCCAUCACUGGUCUGCCCGAUAAUGUGUUGAUGGUGUUAGGAGAUUUUCCUUGUCGACCUCUCCUGAGAGUGAAAGGGUCAAGAAACCAUUUACUCUUUGAUCUCUUAGAGUGACUAGUGACAAUAUUACCCCUGAACCACAGAUAUUUUUGAUUGUUAAACAAAUUCUCCUUAGCAACACCAUAUGAAAUGUAUGGAGGUAAGUAUGGAGAACUUAUCUUACUGGCAUUAUAGUGUCAAGGGUUUAUACCUAUGGCUUAUGAAAUUUUCUUUCUUUUUUUUUUUGCUCCAUAUCUACUUCUCCAUCAAUUUAGUGUAACUUUCAUUCAUAUGCAUCAGCAUGAUUUUAAGACUAAAUUCCCUAAUAGGAGAUUGUGAUCUUGAUUUUAGCUCUUCUUAAACUCAAACUUCAAGGGUUGGCCAGUAAUUCACCAAAUGCAUCCACUCCUGACUCAUCACCAAAGAGAAAAAGGACACGACAAGUGAACAGUGCAAGUUCAUCACAGCCAUCAUCUCCUCAUCCCCCUUCAUCUGUGAAGAGAAGGCGGUAACAAUGAAAUCUCUGUUGAGGUGAUUGAUGUACAGUUUAAAGAAGUAAAUUAUAUGUAUCAGUUUCAACAGUUGCUAUCAUUUGAUGAUAACUCAUUGAAGGCAUAAUUAAGAAUUUAUAGGUAGUUGUUUCUCAGUAAGCAAGAAAGCAAUUUUUUUUUAAAAAAAAAAUUUAUUUUGUAUCUAUCAAGGUGAGGAAUCUUUAGAUUAUUUGGUGUUUGAGGUGUUUCUUGUUGAUUCAUAUGGAUAUUUAUUAGCUUAUCUCCUACUUUACCUAUUGAAUGUAGAAUAAUUUUGUCUUUUACUUUGUCUUUGAAAGUAGCUCUUCAUAAUACACUUUUUCUGGAUUUUAACUGGUGAAAUUGCUGAAGAAGGGGAAGAAUUAUUCUUUUCUUUUGAAAACUUUCUGUAUAAAAAAUUAUUGGAGCAGUAUUCUCCUUUUUUGCAAUAAUCAGUAAAAUUUACUGCCUGUAGUAUUUCUUAUUACCAUCUUAACUGGGUCUGAAUUCUUGAAAAUUCAACAGAUGAAAGGACUGCCCUAGUGAUUUGAAAAUAUAUUUUACCUUUCAUGCUUAAAACAAGGUAAAACACUGUCGAAGUGUUUUCUGGUUUUCAUUUAUUCUGGUCUGAUGGACAUUGCGAUGGACUCAAAUCUUAACUUGUCUCCAAUAAAAUAAGGGUUUGAGUUUUGACAAGGAGGUUUGCCCACUCUGGUUGUAUAUGUUCCUCCAUUGUCGUAUUCUGAUAGAGGGAAGGUCCAAAAGUAGGAGUUUAUAUACAUUUGGAACUGUUAACAAGAGUGUCUUUGGAGUUUUGAUUGUUCAAGUACCAAGAAUUGUGAGAAUCUUAAUUAUAUAUGUAUAUAACAUAGAAGGUACUAUUACAUGUUAGGAAUUUAUUAAUUAAAUUGCCAG